AUGGCCAAUGCUUGGAACGAGCGAUCGUGGUGGCCUGAGCCAGAUGAGGCCGAUGUAUCCCUUGCAAGAGACAAUCUGGAGCAAAUUCUAGGUGCUUACAGGGAAAAUCCGGAGAAAGCAAAGGAGAGCUUAAAGUACAAAGAUGAAGUAUUGAUUAAAAAGGAAGGUAUCGAGAAAGACAAAUAUAGAACACCGCUCUAUAAAGUUAGUGGCCCUGACAUUAGAAGUAGGAAAAGGCGUCUACAAUCUGAGGAAGAAGACAUCCCAAAGGGUAUGCGGUCUCGUGAUAUUUUAUUAUUAAUUUUUAUAGAAUCCUUUGUUAUCAAGGUUUUCGACAGGAGUGUUGACUUUGGACAAUUCCCGGAAAACGCCUCCCUUUACUCUAUGUCUCGUGCCUGGAUUCGCAACUUAAGUCAGAAUGACAAAUCAACAUGGAAUGACAUUCCCAACAACGAUGACGACAGAGAUUCCGCUGACCAAUUGCCUGAUUGCCAUUAUGCCCUCCCAAAACCCAACGACGGUCUAACUGAUGAUCAAGUUCGUGUUCCACCACCAAUGCCAUCAUCUGGUCAACCUUUCGUUAUUAAUGUUGAGAAUCCCCCUAAAGAAAUGUCACCAGAAGGGCUCUUGGAACAACAUAUUACCCGUUGGCGUGAAAUUCGUCGAAAAUGGAAAGCAGCCUGUAGGGAGAACGAAGAACGCUAUAGGGAAUCAUAUAUUAUCCUUCGGGAGAUGUAUGACAAGUUCUGUAAAGACCUUCCCUAA